GAUGUCAUUACUGACAGUUUUGUGUAUAGAAUUUGAAGAAAAGUUUUUCUUGAGUGCUUCUAUUUGUUCCGUUGAACAAACAUUAAAUAAAAUAGUCUACGAAAAUUAUUCAAAAUACUGAGGUGUACGUUUUGGGUGGGGAGGAAACAUUUCCUGAAUGGUGGGGAACUGUUAUGCAAGGGCAGAUCAAGAGCACAGUCAAGAUUUAGUAGAGGCGAUCUGAGUUUGGUUAGAAGGGGAGCUUUUAUUGAACUUAAAAAAAUGGUUUGGUUUACCACUAACGACAAAAAUGUUGACGGCAACACACUUACAGAAAUGUCGGAAAAAGUUUUGCCCUUCCAGCUUCAGGCUGCUGAUGCCACCACUCACCUGGAUCAUAUUUGCGCCCUUGAUAUCAAUUCCAGAGCCUCCUAUAUCAGGCUUUCAGGGAUUAUUUGCACUAUUGGGCCUGCUUCAAGGGACCCUGCUAUGCUAGAAAAAAUGAUGGACGCAGGAAUGAAUGUUGCUAGGUUGAACUUUUCUCAUGGUUCACAUGAAUAUCAUGGUGAAACCAUAAAAAAUAUUAGAUUGGCCGUAGAAAAUUACAGUAAGAAAAUUGGAAUGCCAUAUCCACUAGCCAUAGCUUUGGAUACUAAGGGACCAGAAAUUCGCACAGGACUUCUUGAGGGG